AUGUUCAACUCCUUCGGUCCUGGCGCGAACUGUACCCUUGAUCUCUGCCCCAUUGAAUGGACCGUCUACCAGUAUCGCCCGAACUUGCCCGUCAGCAUUGUCUUCAUGGCUCUCUAUGCCAUUGCCCUGAUCAUCCAUAUCUACCUCGGCCUCCGCUGGCGCAGCUGGGGUUUCAUGACCUUCAUGGUCAUUGGCUGCCUAUACGCCAUCAUCGGCUAUGGCGGUCGAGUCAUUCUUUGGACAAACCCAUGGUCGUUUGCCGGUUUCAUGAUCCAGAUGGUCUGCAUCACUGGGACACCGGUAUUUUUUACGGCUACCAUCUACGUGACACUAUCCAGAGCCAUUCGCUUCUUUGCCCUCGAAAUCUCCCGUCUCCCGCCGCGGCUCUUCUACUGGCUGUUCAUCUCUGCCGAUAUAUUGUGUCUGGCCCUUCAAGCCAUCGGAGGCGCCCUCACAUCGACCUCCAGCGGUUCCUCCCAAAUAGGGGUCGACAUCGCCAUGGCCGGCCUCAUCCUGCAGGUCAUUAUCCUGGUCAUCUUCUGCGGCUUCUUCGUCGACUACAUGAUUCGCUACGUCAAAUUGCAGAGGUCCCGCAUGAGAAGUAAGAAGAACACCAUCGCCACGCGCCAGCGCCUUUUCUUUGGAGGGCUUGCGUCGGCCAUUAUCCUGAUUCUAGCGAGGUGCGCCUAUCGUGUUGAUGAGCUCAGUCAGGGGUACAGCGACUCUACCAAAAUCACGGAUGAGCAAUUGUUUAUCGGAUUGGAGGGGGUCUUAAUUUAUGUUUCCGUCAUUUCUCUCUUCAUCGGACACCCUGGAUUUGGGCACUUAGCCACACGCAUACUCUCGCACGCUUCCAGCCCCACAUCCCCUUACUCCGCACGACCGUAAGCUGCGUCAACUUAAGGGGGUCACGAGAUCAUCGGUCGCAUGACUAACAAGGAAGCACGCCUGGAUUUAUUGAUCUUCCCCGCUAGAAUCAACGUU